AUGACGGCGGGAUCGAACGCCGGGAACCAAGGGAACGCGGGGCAUCACCCUCCGACGUCGAUAUCGGGUUCGGGUUCCCCGAGCGGCCAGCAACGGCUGGGCCUGAGUACUGGUGGUAGCCCGUCCCCCGUGUCGAUGGCGUUGUCGCUGGGCUUUGGACCGCCGGGACACCCCGGCCAGACCGGGGCCUCCCAACAGUCGUACAAUGUGUCCUUUCCGGGGUUCGGGAGUGACGCGGGCGCGACGUCCACUCUCCAGCUAAACAAUAACAGUAUUUUCGGGCCGGGCCUGGGAUCCCCGGUUGACUCCUGCCUGUUCUCCUUAGGAACGACGACGGAGUACCCAUCAGUGGCUGGGGUCGGGGGUCAGGAGCUUCCCGACACCAAGGAAGGCUUCAUCGAGGAAGCCUGUCCCGUGUGCGGUGACAAAGUGUCCGGGUAUCACUACGGCCUGUUGACCUGCGAGUCCUGCAAAGGAUUCUUCAAGAGGACCGUCCAGAACAAGAAAGUGUACACGUGUGUGGCGGACCGAAACUGUCAGAUCGAUAAGACUCAGCGGAAGCGGUGCCCCUACUGUCGUUUUCAGAAGUGUCUCGAAGUUGGGAUGAAGCUCGAAGUAGUGAUGGCCUGA